UGAUCCCCACCAUGCACCCAUCUUCGGUGAUCCUUCCCGCGCGCACUCCCCCUUAAUUCCUCCCUUCCCCUUAGCCAGCCAAGGCCAAGCUAGCUGGCUCAGGCUGGCCUCAUGUUCCAAAAGUCUCGUCCCCAUGUGACCCUCCGAUUCCAAUUCCCUUCCCAUCCCAUCCAUCUCCGUCUCAACCAAGAAGGUGCAAGUGUAGUAGCUAGCUAUCCAAGCACUGGAGUAGUAUAAAACAAGGCUCUAUGUGCGCCGGCGAAUUACGCAAUUUCCGCGCACCGGCCCAGAUCGAGGAGUAGCCGCUAGCUAGCUGUGCAUGCGCAUUGCCGCGCACGCAUCGGCAUCGGCAUCGGCAUGGCGCAGCUGCCGCCCAAGAUCCCGAUGCCGGCGCACCACCACUGGCCCGGGGGCGUCGCGGACGCGCACCACCACCACCACCAGGUGGCGUGGGCGGACGAGUUCGCGGAGUUCGCGGCGGCGCGGCGGGGCGCGCACCGCCGGUCGCUGAGCGACUCCGUGGCCUUCGUGGAGGUGAUGGCGCCGGGGGGAGCCGGCGACUUCGACCGGCUGGACGACGACCAGCUCAUGUCCAUGUUCCCCGACGAGGGCCAUGGCGGUGGCGGGUCGACUACGGCGCCGGGAUCCGAGAACGGGACUAGCAGCGACAGCGACGGCGUCAAACACCGCAAGGAUCAUCCUCAGUACGACGACGAUGAGCAGCAGAAUGACAACGAGGCUAACCCGGAGGAGGAGCCGGCGCCGGGGCGGGCCACGCCGACCUCGUCCACGGAGACCAUCCGCGACCCCAAGAGAGUCAAGAGGAUACUGGCGAAUCGUCAGUCGGCGCAGAGGUCGCGGGUGAGGAAGCUGCAGUACAUCUCCGAGCUGGAGCGGUGCGUCACAACGCUGCAGAACGAGGUGUCCGUGCUGUCUCCUCGGGUGGCAUUCCUGGAUCAGCAGCGGACCAUCCUGACCGUCGGCAACAGCCACCUCAAGCAGCGGAUCGCGGCACUCGCGCAGGACAAGAUUUUCAAGGACGCUCAUCAAGAGGCGCUCAAGGAGGAAAUCGAGAGGCUCCGGCAAGUGUACCAGCAACAGAACCUCAGGAUGUCUUCCGCUCCGGCCUCCGACCAUGCCCACGGUGGGCCGCCUCCUGUGCGCGCAGAGAAGGAGCUCAUCAGCUAGCUCGUCGAGAUGAGAUCAUUGCCUGUCUGCCCGCCUUAUCAUUGACCUGGACUGGGAGGGAAACAUGGCAGCACGCAUGCUUGCAUGGAACUGCGGAUGGUUUCUUCUUUUUUGUUCAUUGACUUGUGCAUCAUUCUUUGUAUGUCGGUAUUAAUUUUUGUCCUUUCUAUACCGUGGGGGUCGUGGUGAUUGGUGAAGUCGUAAAGAGAGAAACUCGAGUGUUCGUCGUUUGUAAAUUUCGCUGUAGCUACAUUGCCACUUCUGUAUGUAGAUUGUUUCGAAAGCUAGAUUUCUGAAGACCAUUGUUUUAGGGGAAGUUUUUCAGAGAUCGUAUCAGUACCACUCUUUGUUUUUUCAGAAGACUGAGCUUAAUUGAUGAAUACUUGAAUACUGCAUAA